AUGCUACCCAAAGGGAAAGAAAAAAGAGCAACCAAAAGGAAUAGCUUGGAAAUAGUGAAUGAUAGCCUAAUAGAGACAAUUAAGCCAAAUAAAGACACAAUGGAAACUCAGGAUCUACUGAAUGAAUUUGUGAGAAAUGUGCAUUUUUCGAGCCAUACUGGAGAUGAGAUUUACUUUGAUAGCAAUGGGGACCCUCCAGCUCGCUUCGAUAUUGUAAAAAUCUACUUCUUUAAAUCUGAUUCUCCAUAUGAAUAUGAUUUAACAACAAUAAAAGUUGGUAGUUUUGACCAUUCAGCCUCUAUGGGAGAACAGCUACAAAUAUACAGCACUACAGACCUGUGGGGACCACACUUCUCACAGAACCCACACUCUGUGUGUAGUAAUAGCUGUGAUACUGGAUAUCGAAUGUCUAAAAUAGAGGGGAGGCCAGAAUGCUGCUAUGAAUGUGUCUUGUGCUCUGCUGGAGAAAUAUCCAACACAACAGAUUCAGCAAAAUGUUUAACGUGCCCAGAAGAUCAGUGGUCAAAUGAAGAAAGAAACAGCUGCAUCCCUAAGGACAUAGAAUUUCUUUCUUUUACGGAACCUUUGGGUUACAUCAUUACAUUCUUUGCUUUUCUACUUUCUCUAAUAACUGCUGCCAUUCUUGUGAUCUUUAUCAAGUACCGGAACACUCCAAUAGUGAAAGCUAAUAAUCGGCAUAUAAGCUGCAUUCUCCUAGUAUCUAUUACUAUCUGCUUCCUCUGCCCUCUGCUGUUCAUUGGCCAACCAACACAUAUAAGCUGUAUGCUUCGUCAGUCUGUGUUUGGGAUUGCUUUUACUGUUGCUGUGUCAUCUGUGUUGGCUAAAACAAUGACUGUUGUUAUUGCCUUUAAAGCCACAAAGCCAAAUAGUAAGCUGAAAACCUGGUUAGGAAACAGAUUCUCAAAUCGGAUAAUUCUUAUUUGCUGUUUUGGGGAGACUGUGAUUUGUGCUAGUUGGGUAGUUAAGUUCCCUUCAUUCCCAGAAUCUGAUACUUAUAGUGAAUAUGGGAAGAUUAUUUUGCUGUGUAAUGAAGGUUCUGUCUCUAUGUUCUUCUGUGUAGUUGGGUAUAUGGGGAUUCUAGCUUCCUUAAGCUUUCUCAUUGCUUUUAUAGCUAAAGAUUUCCCUGAUAGGUUUAAUGAGGCUAAAAAUAUAACCUUCAGUAUGUUGUUAUUCUGUAGUGUGUGGAUAUCAUUCAUUCCUGCCUAUCUGAGCACAAAGGGUAGGAAGACUGUAGCCGUAGAGAUAUUUGCCAUCCUUGUUUCUGGGUCAGGUCUUCUAGGCUGUAUAUUUCUUCCAAAGUGCUACAUUAUUUUUAUUAGAUCAGAUCUAAACAUUCAGCAAACUGUUUUUAAAACAUGA